UGUUUCAGGAAGCCGGGACAUUGUGUAAACCUAGAUGUUGGGAGAAUAUCAUGAGUUUGAAACGCUUUUGAGCGGGUUUUUGUGCGGCAUGUGAGAACAAACUUUACACUACUGCCUUCGGACAUGCGUUUCCACAUUAUUAUCGCCGCUGUCUUUUGGUGUGGUUACGUAGACUCGCGGAAAAUAAGGGGAAUAUCUUCGUCCUACAAGCGGUUCUACAGGGAGAGGAAAUCCUUCCUGUGCAUCGAUGGGUCUAAAAUCAUCCCCUUUGAGCAGGUGAACGAUGACUACUGUGACUGUGAGGAUGGCUCUGAUGAACCAGGCACCUCAGCCUGUCCUCGUGGCCGAUUCUACUGCACCAAUCUGGGUUUCCGCCCACACUACAUCCCGUCAUCGCGAGUCAAUGAUGGCAUCUGUGAUUGCUGCGACGCCUCAGAUGAAUACAACAGCCACGCUCACUGCCAGAACUCUUGCUGGAAUCUGGGACAGAGAGAAAGAGAGUAUGUGGAGGGCCAGAUGAGGACCUUGGACGAGGGUUUGCGACUCAAGCAGCAACUGAUUGAGGAGGGAGUGCUGCUCUGGAGGGAGAAACAGGCCCAGCUUAGAGAGCUUCAGCAGGCGGCUGAGGACCUUCAGAUCAAAUUAGAGGAACACAGAAGGAAGAAACACGAGGCUGACAGACUCAAAGAAGAAACAUUAAAGGCACUGGAAGCAGGGGACAGUGGUCUCCAGCAUCAGUACAGCACAAUAACCAGCGUUUUCCAGUUACUGGACAGCAAUAAAGAUGGCAGUAUAACAGUGGAUGAAGUCCAGGAUAAAGUGGCACUCAUACAGGAUGAAGAGCGGGUUCUUUCUGUGGAUGAAGCAGUGUCUUUGCUAGGAGGCCAUCAGAUGGAUCUCACCAGCUUUCGGCACACGCUCUGGGACAUCUUGAGAACGGGAGACAGUGUCAAGAUCAAAGACGCACAUGGUGCACCAGGCAGUCUUGUGGGUGAAGAUCCUCAUUUGAAGGCAGCUGACAGAGCUGCGGAGUGGGAGGCGACCAAUCUGAAAAAGGUAGAAGAAGCCUAUGAGACAGUCAACCUGGAAAUAAGUGACCUACAGAAGAAGCUGGCCAUAGACUACGGAACAGAUUGGGAGUUUCUGUUUCUGAACAGUCAGUGUUAUAAGCUGAAAGUAUAUGAGUAUACUUAUACCCUGUGCCCAUUCAAUCAAGUCACACAAAAGAGCACUGCAGGAACAGAGGUCUCAUUAGGGAAGUGGGGAAUGUGGGCAGAAACACCAAAGAACCAGUACAGUCAGAUGGUGUAUGAGAACGGAGAACCUUGCUGGCAAGGCGGUUCACGCAGCACUACGGUCACACUGACAUGCGGAACGGAGACAGCCUUGCGAUCGGUGAAGGAGCCCAGCAAAUGCCAGUACAUCAUGGACUUUCAGACUCCUGUGGCCUGUCAGCCGGUGCCAAAGCAGCGGGGCAUACACAGUGAACUCUAACCCCUUCCCUUACUGGCCUAGCCUAGAUUAACUUAGUCUCCCCCCCCACCUCUCUUGGCUAGCCUGCGGUGACAGGAUUGGGUCCUGAGGGUCCCCUCUGACAUCUGUGUUGUCAGAGCAUAUAUACUUCCAAGCAAGUCUUGCUAAGGUCAGAAUCUGAUUUUCAGUAACACUUCGACUGGACCAUUUUAGUUUUCAUUGAUUGUUACAGUGUUACUUUAUGUUAAUAUUUGAUUAGAGCAUUUAUUGAAUGAUUUAGUGAAGACAAGUAUUCCUAACAUUGCAGUAUAUUCCUAAUACAGGUUUACAAUUAAGGCCCAACAACAACUAUGUAAAUAAUUGAAUAAAUAAUGUGCAACUAGAUUAACUGCAGUGUCUAAUGACAUUUCCACUGAUGUAACUGCUGUAUCAAAUAACUGCUUAUUCAUAAGCACAAAUAAAAGGACUGUGUACUUUUA